AAAACAAGAAGUGUUAUCAAUGUACACAGAAGACGAGUUACAACGGGACAGCGCGCUACCAGAGUCAAAAGAUGAAGGCUUCAAGAUCUGUGCUGUUUUUCCUUUUGUGGAGUUGUUUAUUCAAGUUAUCUAGAUUGGAAUCAUUUGUAGAUAUAACAAGAAACACAGAUGGUGACAUCUUUAGCAAUCCAGUCAGUAAAUGUGAUGUGUGUGAAGAAACUGUAAGAACAUCCUGCGAGAUUUACGAUAACGUGAAAACUGGAGGAAAAUGUGUUUCGUUUGAGAAUUGCUGUAAAGAGUGCGUGUGUUCUGGCGAAAGGUCGACUUAUCUAAGGAACGAAAAACGAUGUAUUUCGAACGGGAACUUGACGACUGCGUUGUUCCAUAAUUUGAAUCAAGGUUGCUCAUUUCGUCUGGUCCCGAAUAGUUACUAUGACAACAGACCUCGUGGACGACAGCCAUGUUUAUUUUCCAACCUGCGCCUGCACGCCUUGAAUACGACUGUCAGCGGUAGUCAGAUGAUUGACGUCUGUGGUAUCUUCUCUUGGAGUAUAACCUCAUGCUCAGUCUUGAGUGGAGCCCAAUAUCAUAAUAGUCAGUGGACGGACCUGUGGGGGGUAGGGUCGGUAGACCAAGAUAUUUUCUCGGUUGAGAAGAGCCAGGGCGUUAACAUUUUUCUAAAGUGGAAUAACACUCUUCCUAGUCGUUACCAUGGAGACAUACUAUCACUAGAUAUUAGGUGCUACAGGAAGUACAAUAGAGGUCCCGUGGAAUCCUGUUUGCUUUUCAAAGUCAAAGGAACACAGAUGGAUACAAGACCAAGUACCACUCCUUCAACAAACUUCACUGGAGCUCCAACAAACGUAGAAAGCAGAGGGAAACAGAAAUCGAGCAAUGCAACAAUCAUCAUCAUUGUCUCAGUCAUUUGCGCCUUGAUUUUCCUGGUUUUGAUAUGUGUGGUUAUCCUGUGUGUGAGGAAACGAAGAGGACUGUGUAAAAAAAAUAAGUACAGCAAAAAAAAGAGAGGAAAAAAGAUUGAGUUACGUCAAAAGUCAGGUAAACAUAUCACCAUAGAAUCACCAACCACUAAGAACGAGGUAAAGGAGUACCAAUGUGUAAAUCAUGCUGAAAGUCCUGUAUAUACAACACCAGCAAAAAACAGUAAUAAGGCUAAUAAGACAGCAGAAUACCAUAAUCUACUCCAAGCCAUAGCAAGCACACCACAUUACCACCCACUCGUUGGCAAGGACGACGCGCAGACUCCUCGAUCCAGUUCUCCUCCGUAUUAUCAUGAACCAGAAAAGCCUGGUAACAAACCUGUCAAGAAUGACAAUCUUCCUCAUUUUUAUCACGUGCUUGAAGGGCCUUCAUUUGCUUCCAAAGAUACCACAGGUAGCACAUGCUAAAACUUUUUCACUAUACGAUGUAAAAACGAGAAAGCCCUUGAGUGGCUUUUGCAUGCGUUAUACUCUUGGGACCUCAUGAUCAAGUUUAGGCUUCAGUUGAAAGACUUGAAAUAGUUUAUUCCAAUGGAUUCUACUUUUACGUGCGCCUCUCACGGGGAUAGAGCGAGCUUCGUAUGGCUUUAAAGAGAUGAAAAACUCAUGGUUCGGACUACCGUGCCGUGAUCGUGCCGGUACCGCGUCUAGGCGUUUUGAUUGGAUUAGCCAUGUCUGCUCUGUGAUGGGUUUAAACGACAUCGUGACGAUGACGUGUGCCGUUCCGUUUUGAAGACAUGCGAAAUCUACAAUAUAUAGAUGGUGUACGUGUGGUCAGACGAAAAACGUAAUCAAACUUCCAUGGAGCAAACAACCUAUCGAAUAUAAAAUGAACUCAUGCAAUUCCAGAUGAUCAUGUUAUUUGUGGUUGUUUACAACAAGGCCGUAUUUAAAUUCAGCUACCGUAGAAUCCCGGUUAAUCCCGGAUAAGACCCCCCCUGUUUAUCAUCUAUCUUCAUCAAAGAAAUAUUGCCGUACAACGUAACAUCGUAGCACAUUGACAAUCCGCUCAGAUAUGAUAGUUUCCUGAUCACAUUUAAAUGUUACAUAAAAACUAUUUCCAAUAGACCUCCUCGGCUCUGACGUAAUGUUGUAACGUUUCAGACCACAUGUAAUUCCCUAGAGUAUCAUUUCUUUGUUUAAGGUUUGCGCUCGGUUGCACAUGAGAAGACAAAUUUAUAUGGAUA